ACCCUGCUCCGGAUAAGCGGUUAUAAGAUAUAUGGAGAUGCGCUUGGCCGCUAGUAGGCGCUGUUUCCACAGAUAAGUCACCAUGCUACCGGGCUCGCUGAACGUUAUCGUAUGUUGUCGCGCUGAGCCGAAUCGGGACAACGCAAGAAUUACGGUCGCUCCUGCUGCGCCGAACGAUGGGAUUUCUGUCCCACUAGCAUCGCCUUUCACGGCAAGCCUGCUUCACUCCGCUGCUCCUGUCCUGCUCACAACGGCGCUGGUUUUCUUUGUAGGAGCGUAACUUUUUUUUUUUUACUCCCCCCCGCCAUCACAUUAGUAAGUUUCAUUUUGUAAUGCAGUCCGUUAACCACAGUUGGCCGGGAUAGCGGAUUUUACAACCCAGACGGAAGAGCAAUCAGUCCUCGGAUUCUUUCACCCGGCUCAUCUGUAUACGAUACACAGCAGUUGCUGGCGGGGGGGGUAGGGGGGGUUCCAGUGGCAGUUGCCGGUGACUCCGUCGUCGGUGGUGUGAACGCCAAUGCAGCCUAUAGCGCGCACGGUGGAUCCCGGUCACUGGUAUUAAACGCGGAGCCCUAGAGCCGCCUGUCCGCCUCCGUCCCGCAUUAUAAGCAGAGAAGCGGAGCCGCUCCGCCAGCGCGACGCCACAAUGUUGCAGGUUCUGUCUUGCGGCGUCGUACUUUUCCCCGGACUCUUUUUCACCUUCAGGAAACUACUGCCCUGUGCUUUUAAAACGUGGACAGAUGCGGACGUGGUCCUGGUCAGCGAGAGACUGGUGUCCACCAUCCACGCCAUCAUGGCCACCAUAGCAGGCUAUAUUGUGGUGUCCUCCUGCAACAAUGUGAUAACUGACCGGCACUGGCUUGCCAUGUACUUUGUGAUGUGGUACGGUGUGCCAUACAUGGCCUAUGACAUCUACGCCAUGUAUAUGAGCCACUAUUACCGCUUCCGGGUCAAAGGGCACGAGGAGUACAAGGCACAUUCUUUCAGGACGGUCAACGCAUUUCUCCGUCGAGAGUUCCAGCUGGUGCUGCACCAUAUCGCUCUGCUCACGCUGCUCCUUCCCGUCACGAUGUUUUUCAGGAGUGGGCUGGGGGACUUCUUCAUCGGGUGCCUGUUUUUGACGGAGCUCAGCACCCCUUUUGUCUCCCUGGGGAAGAUCCUGAUCCAGCUGAGUCUUCAGGACUGCUGGGCACACAAGGCAAACGGCAUCCUGGUGCUGCUGAGCUUCUUCAUGUGCCGCAUCGCGCUCUUCCCCUACAUGUACUGGAUGUAUGGCCAGCACUACGGUAUCCCGCUCUACAGCGUGCCCUUCCACGUGCCCUUCUACGCUAACCUGGGGAACAUGUGCAUCCUAGGACCGCAGGUCUACUGGUUUGUGCUUCUCUGCCGGAAAGGCUACCGACUGUACAAGCGGCAGAGCAAGGCACGGGACUCCAUCACUGUGACGGACAACUCCAAGAAAGACGAGUAGAUGCAGCUACUGCCACAAUCACUGUUACUGCUACCAUGACUAGUAAUACCGCUACUGCUGCUACUUCUGCUGUUUUCUAUGCUCUUACUUCUACUUUCCCCUACGCCUCCUACCUUAAUGCCACCACCUGUUUUUUUUCUUCUUCCUUUUUACGGCUCCUCCUCCUCUACAGUCUUUCACUUCUGUUGGAAGCGCAAAGCCGGCAGGAACUACAAUCCAGGAAACGUCCCUCUUUCCAAGGGGCACCCAACGUUAAUCCACAAAAAAGAAAAAAAAAAAAACCGGACACCU